AGUGGAUAUGAAGGCUGAUCUGUGCAUAUGCAUGUAAUCUGCACUGAUUGUCCAUUGAUAGUAAGGAUUCUGUAAAACUAUUAUCCCCUGGAGGUUACAGAAGCAAGGCAAUUCAUCCGAGCCGUAUCCACCCGUCUCACCCAUGCCCUGCUUCUUCGGCAGCCCAACCGAAUAAUCAUCCCGAACACAUGCUCCGCGGCAGCCGUCUUCCGUUGUUGAGUUCCUGUGGGGGUUCAGGAUACGUUUAAGAAACAAGCAUGUAUUAUAUGACGCAUAAACCCCCAUACUCAACAUUUUCUUUGACGCAGGAUUAUCUUGGGAUAUCCAUUCUCUUCCAGGCUAGUGGAUGGGCUCUACAGAAUUCCGUUUCUUGCCUGUGACGAGAUCCCUCUUCUUGUUUUCAAGAAGAGUCAUUCUGACCUGCAAUGGCACUACCACCAUUCCACAUUUCCACAGUCACCAUUGUCUUUCAUUCCUCAUGACUUUCGCCCAGCCCUCAAUGUCAGACAUGUUUCAAGAUUGAAACACUGCUGAUUCGACCGCAAAGGCAGCAGAUUAGAUGGAGAAGGCACCAUCUUUACACUGACCCACCAUGAGACAUUCACUUUUGGAUUCUUGUCCCUUGACAUCACUUAGUUCAUUAUACAAGGUUUUGCAUUCAUUUACAUGGAUGACGAGAGAGAUGCUGACUAUGCAAUACGGGGACUCGAUCGGAGAGAAUUUGGUCGAAAAGGGCGCAGGCUUCGUGUUGAAUGGUCAAAGGUAUCCAGUCAUGAGCGUGGUUCUAGAAGACCUGGUGCUUCAAGAAGGUCUUCAACUAAUACAAGGCCGUCAAAGACCUUGUUUGUUAUAAAUUUUGAUCCAUAUCACACCAGGACCAAGGAUUUGGAGAGGCAUUUUGAUCCAUAUGGGAAAAUAAUAAGUGUAAGGAUCCGAAGGAAUUUCGCUUUUGUUCAGUAUGAGUCACAGGAGGAUGCUACUAGGGCACUGGAGGCUACAAACAUGAGCAAGCUGAUGGACCGAGUUAUAUCGGUUGAAUAUGCAGUUCGUGAUGAUGAUGAAAGAAGAGAUGGCUAUAGCCCUGACAGGAGAAGUCGUGAUAGGUCACUAGAGAGAGGCCGUGACAGAAGAAGAUCCCCAAGUCCCUACAAAAGAGAGAGGGGAAGCCCUGAUUAUGGCCGUGGCCCUAGCCCUGGUCCAUACCGGAGGGAGAGGGGUAGUCCUGAUUAUGGACGUGGCACAAGUCCUUACCGAAGGGAGAGAGCAAGCCCUGACUAUGCCCGUGGGCGCAGCCCAAGUCCUUAUAGGAGGGAGAGAUCUGAUCGUGGGAGGGUCUCCAGUCGUAGUCCCCGAAAAGAGAGGGUGAGUGUUGAUCAUGGCCGUGAUCGCAGCCGCAGCCGUAGUCCUUAUGUUGGAAGAGAUAGGGCUGUUGCUGAAAAUGGCCAUGCUCCAAGUCCUAGUCCUCCUCCUUAUAAGAGAGCUAGAGUUAGCCCGGAAAAUGGUCAUGGUCCCAGCAGUAGCCCUUAUGAAGGAGAGAGGGCCAACAGCCCCGAAGAAGGUCGUAUUCCAAGUCCCAACUCUGUGCCCGAUGGCAAGGACAGCCCCAAUUAUGGUGGGCCUGAAAGCCCCAUGCAUGAGAGAUAUAACAGCCGUUCACCCCAAGCUGAGGAGGAAUGAUCUUGGUGGUCCGUAUUAGUGUCUGGUGACGUGUGGAGUCAAGCUUUGUCUGUUGCAAUUUGUAGUUCCCAGGACAUCCAAUGUGGGUUUGAUCAAGAGAUACAGCUUGUGUAGUUUCGUGUAGCCUAGUUUUAGCUUUUAGAUGCUCAUGUGUUGUAGUUUCUGCUUAAAACCUUGAAGGAACUUACUAUUUUCAGUUAUUGUUUCUGAGCAAGACUCCUAAUACAGAAUUUGCCCCCAUUUGGCACCAAAUUAAUGACAUUUUAUGUCGGAUUUGUUAAGUUUCA